AUGUUGGCCUUUGGCGCGCCCGCCGCUGCCAUCGCCUGCAUCCCCAACCACCGCUUCCCCAUCUACGCCGACGGCUCGCUGGGCGGCUGCAAGUAUUGCGCUCUGGAUGGCUCACGCUGCGAGCUGUGCUGGCCAGGCUACGGCCUGACCUCGGCCGGCGAAUGCGUGCGGGAGACCUGCGUGGACUGCCCCGGCGACCCCAGCCGGUGCAGCCAGUGCGUUGACGGCUACUUUCCCAAUGCCGACGGCGUGUGCGAGUUGUGCGCCCCCGGCUGUGCCGUGUGCGCCCCCGACUCGCCGCAGCUGUGCCGCCUGUGCGACGCGCAGCGCGCUUUCCAGCUUGACCUGGACACCCAAACCUGCAUCUUGUGCGACAACCCUGCCUGCAUGGCAUGCCCCGACGCCCCCAACGAGUGCCUCGAAUGCAGCAGCCAGGCGGCGGCGCUGGCGCCGCACCCGGUGGAGGUGCCGCCGGCUGCGCUGGAGCCUGUCAACGGCACCUGCGUGCCCUGCCCGGCCGGCUGCGCCGACUGCACCUCCCCCGACUACUGCAGCCUGUGCAGCGCAGAGGGCCACUUUUCGAGCCCGGAUGCGGGAGCAUGCCUCCCAUGCAGCGACCCCCGCCUGCGGCAGCUGCAGUGA